AUAGGCCCUUUUUUGUUUUGACAUAAUCUGAUCUCUGAACUCUCUCUCUGGACGCGUUUCCUUAGUCUGUGAAUCUCAUUCUCUUCCGGACCGUUCGACGGGGGAAUCUGUAGCUGCAUAUAAUCGAUCGGAUCGGAAGAGGAAAGUCUGAGAUGGUGAAGGAGACAGAUUACUACGACGUGCUUGGAGUGAACCCCACAGCCACGGAGGCCGAAAUCAAGAAAGCUUAUUACAUAAAGGCUCGGCAAGUUCAUCCAGAUAAAAACCCAGAUGAUCCUCUUGCGGCACAGAAUUUUCAGGUUUUGGGUGAAGCUUACCAAGUAUUGAGUGAUCCAGCCCAACGAGAAGCAUAUGACACUUAUGGGAAAUCAGGAAUCUCGACUGAAGGAAUUAUCGAUCCUGCAGCUAUCUUUGCGAUGCUUUUUGGCAGUGAGCUUUUUGAGGAAUACAUAGGCCAGCUUGCGAUGGCAUCAAUGGCUUCACUAGACAUAUUUACAGAAGGGGAACAGUUUGACACUAAAAAGCUGCAAGAAAAAAUGAGGAUUGUUCAAAAGGAAAGAGAAGAAAAGCUUGCAGAACUACUGAAAGAUCGACUCAACCAAUAUGUGCAAGGAAACAAGGAGGAGUUUGAGAGACAUGCUGAAGCUGAAGUGGUGAGGCUAUCCAAUGCGGCUUAUGGUAGUGAUAUGUUGAAUACAAUUGGCUAUAUAUAUGCAAGGCAGGCUGCCAAAGAGCUAGGGAAGAAGGCAAUAUAUUUGGGUGUGCCAUUUGUUGCUGAAUGGUUUAGAAAUAAAGGGCAUUUCAUUAAAUCCCAAGUAACAGCAGCAACAGGUGCAAUUGCUUUGAUCCAGCUACAGGAGGACAUGAAAAAGCAAUUGAAUGCAGAAGGAAACUAUUCAGAGGACGAACUCGAAGCUUACCUGCAAUCUCACAAAAAACUGAUGAUUGAUUCUUUGUGGAAGCUUAACGUAGCUGAUAUUGAGGCCACUCUUUCACGUGUUUGUCAGAUGGUUCUUCAAGACAACAAUGCCAAGAAAGAGGAGAUCCGUGCACGAGCAAAGGGGUUGAAAACUCUUGGUAAAAUCUUCCAGAGGGUAAAAUCAGCCAACGGAAAUGAUAGUGAAAUGAUGCUAAAUGGUGGAUUACAUAAGCUGAAUGGAAGUGAAUCAAGCAAAUUGAAUGGGAGUGAAUCAAGCCAAAUGAAUGGAAGUGAAUCGAGCAAUGAUGCUACUUCUCCUAGUACAUCACCGAAAUUUUCAAAUCCUAAAGAUCCAUCUUAUUCCACAUCUGUACCAGAGAGCCCCUAUGUGGAAACCCCCACCAACAUUGGAGGCUUUAACUUCCCAAGGCCAACGGCUCCACCUGGUGCGCCAAGACAUUCUUCAAUGGGCAGGGAGUGAUGGAACAGAGGUUUGAUGUCAUGUGUGAAAUGGUUGUCGUGUAUAAUACCUUUCAUAUGUAUCAAUGUCGUGGUUGUAUGAAUAGCUGAUUGUGCUGGAAAGCACAUCCCACCUCUGGCUGAGUGCGCAUGCUGUAAUGUAUGUAUCUAUGGCAGACAAAUAAUUAUAUGCAUAUAGGAGUAGGAGAUGGUUGUAGAAGGAAGGUAUUGUUUUUCAUUUGUCACCAUUUCUGGCUGCGAUUGGCUGCCACUUAAUGUGAUUUUUUUCUUUUUUUUUUGAUGGGUUGUCAUUCUUGUAUUUCGGUUUCACUUGUUCAUAAUUAGUUUCGAGGAUUUUGCUUAAUACUCGAGUCAUUUGGUUAUCAAUGUAUCACCCAUAAUUUAGAUGGACAAUGCUAGGGGGCCACCCAGCUUCUGUUUU